AUGCCUCCUCUGCCUCUUGACGAGCGGAUAGUGGUUAUUCAGCGCCCCAAGAGUUUGGCCCUUCCCCAGCAGCACGGUGGGAGCAGCAACGGCCACCACGCCCCCCGGAGUGACCUCCUGCCCCAGCGUCCCCUGCCCCAGGCCCGCCUCCACCCGCACCCCCCCGACCCCAACGGGCACCACCCCAACGGCCAUCACCCCAACGGCCAUCACCCCAACGGGCAUCACCCCAGCGGGCACCACCCCAGCGGGCAUCACCCCAACGGGCACCACCCCAGCGGCAGCUCUCUGGAAUGCAAGCGUCGGUCGCGCUCGCAGAAGGUCCGUGGAGAGCGCGAGCGCGGGGUUGGCUGGGACAACAGCACCAGCGGCGGUCACCUGGGCCCCGCGCCUAGCCACUGCCAUAGCAACGGGACGGUCACUCUCGGCCCCAGGCCCCACAAGCACACACACACCAUCGACAUCCGCCUGUCUCUGGACAAAGGUGGACGCAACAGCAACAGCAGCGGCAGCAACCACGUGGAGAAGGGCCUCCCCAGCAGCCUCACGCGCGGAGGGAGCAGCCGCAGCGGUCGAGGUGGACGGAAGGUGUCCCUGCAGGUGGACCCCGUGCAGCCGGAGCGCAGGAGCAGCUCCCUGAAGAAAGGGGGCGCCGUGCAGAGCUCCCAGAAGCCUUUGCAGCAGCAGCAGCAGCAGCAGUUGGCGAGCCAGCCGCAGAACCAGCUGUGCGUGUCCCCUGGAGGGGUUCUAGAGUUCAUCCCCGCGCAGCGUCAGCAGUCCAACAAGACCAGGAAGGAGCGCGAGGCGCGCACCACCCCGACAGCCGCCGUUGCCAACGGCAACAGCCACCCCGGCUCCACCACAGGCUCGCGCGGCAAGCGCGGCCCGGUCUCCAACGGCAACAAGGAGAACACCAAACUGGGCCCGGUGCACCAGCCUGCAGCUCACCCCCACAGCCUGUCCCGCCAGCAUGCCUCCUCCUCCUCCACCCUCACCCCCACCCUCACCCCCACGCCCCACGCCGCACUGCUGAGCUCCCUCUACCCGCCUCCUCCUCCUCCUCCUCAGGUCCAGCCCCCCCUGCCCCCGUCCUGCUCCUCCCGCGGGGCCCCCACCUCCUCCUCCCGGCACCACCACCACUUCCCCCCCACCCUGACGCUCCACGGGCUGCCCGCGCUCACGCUCUCUCCCUCGGCCUCGUCGCGCGAAGGCUUCCCCAGCCCCGACCACACCUGCACCAUCGACCUCUCCCACCCCUUCAGCUGCGGCUGCUGGAGGCUCGUGCGCUGCCGGGGCGGCCGGAACCACGCUCACGGGCACGCUCACGGCCCGACCCCGUCCUCGUCCUUCUCCAGAGCCCACGGAGGACCGGCGGCGGCGGCUCAGGGGGGCUCCAUGGGGCUGAGGACGCUGGGAGGCUGCCUGUCCACGGGCUCCACCACCAACACGUCCUCGUCCAACAGCACCGUGUCCGAGUGCCGCGCCGGACUCCUGCGUCCGCUCGCCGGCUGCGCGUCCUGCUCCCACGACACCGGCGGCGGCGGCGGCGGCUUCGAGAGUCCGGCCGCCUUCCGGAAGAAGCUGGUGGGGGGAUGCCUGCCGUGCGCCCCGUUGGGAUCGUCGGCCCCCCUGCGGGCGCUCCAGAGCUGCGUGAGCGGCUGCAACCCCAAGGCCAGCCAGACGGCCAGCUCCACCUGCUCCUACUGCAGCAGCGACCCCAUCGUGGUGACCUUUAACCCCCACCGGGGCAAACAGCAGCAGCAGCAGCAGCAGCAGCAGCCGGGGCCCAUGCACGGCUCGGGGCGCGGCGGAGGAGGAGGAGGAGGAGGAGGAGGAGGGAGAGGAGGCUUCGCCGCCGGUAACCACGACGACGACGACUACAGCGUGCGCACCAUCUGGCCGGAGGAGCUGGCGAAGAAGAUGACGCGCUCCAAGACUCACGGCGGCAGCGUCCACCACCCGGGCCCGGCCGGCUGUACCGGCCACGAGCAGAACGGCGGCCACAGCCCCGGCAACCCGGUCAUCCUGGACUGCCGGAACCUUCUGGAGCUGACGCGCUCGCAGCUGACGGACCACGCGGGCCGGCGCCGUCUGCAGCAGGGCAAGAGCGCCGUGCUGGACUUCAUCGGCUCCGGCGACUCCGGACGCGACUCGCUCAAGCGCCUGUGGACCGCGGGAGGAGACGCGGGCAUGAUGGGCGACGCCAACGGGCUGGACGACGACAUGAUGCCGCGCUCUCCGUCCCCGCGCUCCCGCGCCCCCUCCUCCGCUCCGCAGUCGCCCCCCUCCUUCUCCCCCCCGCCCUCCGCACACGGCACCCUCAUCAAGCCCAAACCACGCCAGCGCGAGCGCGACCGCGAGGGAGGCCACUCGCUGCCCUCGGCCCAGUCCCUGCACCUGGUCCUCAACUCCCUCAACCAGGAGCAGGAUGAGGACAACGGCCGAGGUCACCUGACGCUGCCGCUGUCGUCGUCUCUGCCGGCGUCGCUGUCGGACGAGACGCUGAUGACCCCAGACGUGGAGAACGCGGUCAUCAGCCCCAUCCUGCCCUUCCUGUUCCUAGGCAACGAGCGGGACGCGCAGGACCUGGAGCUGCUGCUGCGGCUGGGCGUCACCUGUGUGGUCAACGUCACCACGCACCUGCCCCUCUACCACCUGGACACCGGCCUCGUGCGCUACAAGAGGCUGCCCGCCACCGACAACAGCAAGCAGAACCUGCGCCAGUACUUCGAGGAGGUGUUCGAGUUCAUCGAGGAGGCCCAUCAGGGUGGUCGUGGCGUGCUGGUGCAUUGCCAGGCGGGCGUGUCUCGCUCGGCCACCAUGGUCAUCGCCUACCUGAUGAAGCACACGCUGAUGACCAUGACGGACGCCUACAAGUACGUGCGCGGCCGCCGGCCCGUGGUCUCCCCCAACCUCAACUUCAUGGGCCAGCUGCUGGAGUUCGAGAGGGACCUCAACUCUGGGGUCACCCCCCGCAUCCUCACCCCCAAACUCACGGGCCUGGAGACGCAAGUCUGA